CAAGGUCAUUUCUCCUAAGCAGAAAUGCACGACAAAGUUCAGCAGAGGGUUGGGUACCGAGGCUGGAAUGUGUCUCCUUACUUGAGCUGCAGGACAGUGGAGCCAGCUACUCUGAAUAAGCGAUUACAACAAAACUCGGCACAGCUUGCUGUUACGCUCUCUCCUUGCCUCCUGGUUUAGAGCUUAUACUGCGGACAAUUAGAGGAAUCGCUAAAGUUCAUCAGGACAUUUUCCUAUUGAUAAUAGUCCCGUUGAAAUCACGCCAGGGUUAAGGCGUUGGGAUACUGAAUGCAGAAGUACUUGAUUCUGCUGCUCUCUUUGGAAAGGGACUACUCCGUAUGUGUUUUGGAUUUUUGAACCUCGGGAGCUGAAGUGCUGGUGCCCCUGUUGCUCCCGCGAAAGGCUCCCACCAUUGCGUGCCGUACAGUCUACAUUUUGGAUGGCAGCAGCAAAGAAAAGUAGCUUUCAUUGUCCUAGAAAUUGCAACAAUCGAUUGAACUUGAUGGAUUUCCAAAUGUAACAAGGAAAGGAGCAGAAAAAAUACAUGGGUGCAGUUCUGUGUGAUGAACGAGGGGGGGAACUGUAUUCGGUUUUGAAAUAAAAAUGCAGCUAGAAUGUGCAGUUGAUAGCCCACAUACAAAACCGCUGUUACUAUAGCACUCAUGGGCAAUGACGUCUCUUGCCGAUGAGUUUUUUCCAGGCAUUUUGCAUUCGUUUACAGCUAACUAUGGAAUGUUCAUUUAUUCAUGUUCUUAAUUUGUAUUUGGAGGUCUUAAUUUGACGGUAGAAGCCUUGGCAAAUAGGUCAUUUCAGAUGGUCUUCCGCCAGUGCGUAAAUUAAACUUCCCUUGUAUCAGGAUUUGCCUAAUAGUGAGGGCACCCUAAAGGAAGGGUCACCCCAACGUCAGAUCUGUUUGUACGUUUCUGAUACUUCAUCACGUAGUGAUCUUGUUUAAAUGUUCUUUAUUUUCACCAAAGCGAACCUUACCUAGGAAACAUUUGAAUCAGCCAUACCGGGCAAUGAAAAGUGAUUUCAGGCAAAGAUUUGGUUUUGUUCUAGCAAAUUGUAUACAACAUCAUAUUUUUUUUUAAAAUUAAGGCUAAAAAGAGGACUGGUGAAUAAGACUCCUUCCAAAGUAUGGCUGGUCCGAGGAGGAGCAGAUGUAGUUGUAUCAGAGGAGCGUUCAGUAUCCUUAGCAGCAGCGGUGUGAAGAGGAGACGGAGACGCGCGUUCUUUUGUACCAAGUUUUUAGAUGCUUAUUGUGGUUACUCAGAAGACGGAUCACUUCAGGCAGACUGCAGUCUGAAUUUCACUAGCGGUGAACUUCAGAAAGGAAUUAAACCUCUGCUGAUGCACAGCAUGCCAGAGGCAGAAGAUCUGGGAGAUGUUUUCCGUUUAGAAGAUCCACAACUUGUUCUUACACCUGGAAACUCAGUCCUGCUGGUUACAGAGUCCCACAGUGAUAUUUAUAUGGCACCAGAAGAUGAUUUUCAGACACCGGUGGAAAUUAUUGGUAAGGAUACAGCUGUUUUUCCAUCAAAAUUAGUGGAAUCGUAUGAACUGCCCCAGAAAUCUAGAACUACUGUGGAGUCCGAAUGGCCCCGGCUGCCUGAAUGCCCUUCACCCAUGGAGAUCGAGCCUUCGGGAUCUGUGGGAUUUCUGGAGAGCUCUAUUGCAGCUGCUCAGUUACCAGAGUGGGACGGUGACAUGUGUGAGCAAAGAGCAAACAUUUCCAAUUCUAGAAUGCACUGGUGAAAAACUAAGGAAAAAACCCCCUUCAUGUGCCCUAAAGUAGGUAUGGCUAUAAUAAUAAUAAAUACAAUAAUAUCUGCAGUACUUGGUCCUGCCGU